AUGGAGCACCGCAUCACCUGCGCCCUCGCCGCAGACCUCCCCUACAACCACCACCACCACCAGAACGACGCUGCCGCCCGAAAACCCAACCUCCUAGCACCCUUCGCCCCGUCGUCCUCCCCCUUCUCCUCCCCCUCCUCCCCUGCUCCCCCACAGCAGCAGCAGCCCGACGACCACCCCGCCCCCCUCAUCAAACGCAUCCAGCACGACCUAGCGGAAGCCCUGCGCCUGCACUCGUCGCCGCCCGUGCAGCAGCGCCUCUCCCUCCUCGCCGCGCAGCGCGCGUGGGUGGAGGAGGUGGUGCGGGACGCGCUGGAGGCGCUGGCGGCGGUGGGUGGGGAGGUAGGAGGAAGCGACGAGGGGGAAGUGGUGAGGAGGAGUAGAGAGGAGGCUGUACGGUCGGAUGGGUGGAGGAGGCAGUGGGGGAUGAUGGCGCUUAGGCAGACGGCGACGGCGACCACGACGACGAGGGAGAAGGAAGGGGAGGGGGAGGGGGUGCGGGGGGAGCGCGUAGCGGCGCUGGCGGCGUGCCAUGCGAGUUUGCUGAGCGCGGUGGCGAAGAUGCAGCGUAUGGAGGAGGAGGGGGUGGUGGUAGGGGUGGGCGAGGCGGGCACGGCGGGGAAGAUGGCGGGCUUAGUAGUAGGAGGGGGAUGCGAUAAUAGUAUUGCGGGGUUGCCGACUUACGAGUCGAGCCGGAAUGAUGAGAGAGUAGUGCCGUGGGAGUACAGGCCGGAAGGCGAUGCGAUGCUGAGGCCUUCCUCGACAAGGAAAAGGUUCAUUAAGAGCAGAAAGGACGAAAAACCUAGGAAUGUUGAAGAAGACUUGCGCGGAGGUUCCAACCAGCACACAAGAGCAGUUACUCUUGAUGAGGCCUUUCCCUAUCUGCAAGCUUUCUUCAAAGCCAUACCGGAGGACGCCAAGGUCGAUACACCCACAGAGCUUCCAGUCGAACUACCGGCGGAGGUGCCUCUGGAUCGAAUUCCCACUGCUCCAAAAGUUCAUGCGGCAACUUCAAGCCCCGGUUUACUUUCACCUCAUCCGGCAUUUUACACCCAAUCAUUCGACAGCUCCAGAGAUCCCCAGUGGGAUCGGGCAUCGUUCAAAAUACCUUGCGAUCCAGCUGAGAUUACCUCGAACGGCUCAAGGUUAUCAGCAUCAGCAAUGUCAAAACGACGCUCUUUCAGGAAAGCAAAAUUAGGCGAAACUUCUCAGGGUGUGUGGGAGACACCCGACUCGAUACCCAACAACAUCGGUUGGGCUCCUUGA